UGGGGUUGAAUAUUUCAACACACUUGUUGUCCAACCACACCGAAAGCUGGUGACCAACCAGGGUCAGAGUUACAACGUGCGUUGUAAGUACCAGAAAAAGGAGAAGACAAUUAAUUCCAACGUGGACGUCAACAUGUUAGGUACGACACCAGUGUAUGUCACAACUCCAAUGCCCGCCUGUACUAUGAAGAUUUUCCAUGUAGUUGCUGAUCAAGAAUUCGUUGCUGAGAAUGUGAAAAUUGGUGACCGUCUUACACUUGUUAUUAGCAUUGACGUUCAAGAUACCUACGGAAUGAAGGUGACAAACUGUUUAGUUCGGGAUGGCCUGAGCUGGGGAGAACAGCCUUUAAUUAACAACGAUGGGUGUCCCGUUGAUUCCGAGAUAAUGGGUCCAUUUGAGUACACUCUGAACAAAACCCGCGCUGUUGUUACGUUUCAAGCGCACAAAUUUCCCUACACAUCCUCUGUGUAUUACCAGUGUAACGUCAAGCUGUGUUUGAAGACAGACGGGAGCUGUGACGAUGUGCCUCCGCUGUGUGACGUCAGAGGCCGAAACCAGCUGAAGCGGCGAAGGAAAAGAGAGAGUGAAGUGGAAGAAGAAGGUAACUUGAAAGACUUACUACAAGAGGAGCAGGAUGUAAGAGACCUGAGCGUAGAGGUAUUUUCUGGUCUGCACGUCGAUGAAGUAGACAAUGUAGACGACGUGGACACUGAUGACCAGCCUAGAGUGACAGCAGUACCCUCAUCUGCCGAGGACGAGUUUUGUGUGUCUACAAGAAAGUUUGCUAUUGGUAUUGCCAUUGCUGGGGUCCUGUUAAUGUUAGCAGUCAUGUUAUUGGUAGCCUGUAUUCUCCAUCGUCGUCGCAGGAGAAAGGGGGCUAGUACAGCUGGCAGUUCUAUCUACUCUGGACCAUAUUCAAAUGCUGCCUAUAGCAGAGACUAGUAGAUGUGAUCAGCUGCUGGUCAGCUUGAUGACCAAGGGAGUUUCAACAUAGCAAUAGAUAUUGGGCUUGGAACCACCAACUGUUAAAAUAAUCCACAACAAAAAUAAAGUAACAGAUUACUUUUUUAGCCCUGGACCAAUCAUAUAUGAAAUUUACAACGAAUAUUAAUGAAAUUUUGACUAAUCUUUUUGUUCAUUUAUGAUGUUAAAUCAUUGUGUGUUACCAUUUAACCUGCAGAUAUUCAAACAACAAUUUUUGAAAUGUUUCAAGUGGCUUAAGUUUUUAAAAUCAAACUCAUUCAUUUGUCCAUUUGAUUUUAAUUAAUAGCACGUGUUACAAAUUGAUUUUUGGAUCAAGUUUUGGUUUGGGGCCUUUUCUAAUGUGCAUUCCUAGUUAUUGAACAAAAUUUGUAUACAGUCUCCAACACUGAGAAAAAAAAAAUUGGUCUAUAGAAACUUAAAAUUGGUGCUGAUACUUAUUAUCAUAUGGAAUUCUUGCAGGGCUACUGACUGGAUUAAUACAUUUUCCAUCAUUACGACCUAGCACCCUUAACAUCUAGAAUGUGGUGAUGGUUCAACAAUGUAGCUUUAUCUGGAACUAACAGCAUUUUGUAUGGUAAAAAAGAACUGAAAAAUUCGUGCCAAAACUCCUUUUUAUUAUUUUUUUAUAGUUAGAAUAUAGUGGAUUAAGUAGAUCCACUGGUUUCUCACCUAAUUAAAUCAAUUACAGUUCAGAAACACUAACACGCACAUAUAUUAUUAAAAUUUAAACAGCUGUGAGAAUAUAGCAUCAGAAUAUUCAGAUUUAUUUUUCAAUCAUCGGGUUGGGGUCAACAGUGGAAAAUGAAGAUCAAUAUGAUGUUUGGUCCUUCCGAGGAAUCUAAAUCUCAUGUGCAAACACACAUCAAAAUAUGAAAAAAUGCUAACUUUUGUACGUUACAAUCAGCCCAAAUAGGCAGCUACAAUAAGGUGAAGGGUUCGGUGAAAGUGGGUUGUGUUAUUUACUAUGUUACCACCAUAUUUGUGUUAUUUUUGUGUUGGGUUUAUUGUAUAGUGUCUGUAGAUCAUUAACAAUGGAAGAAUCUCUUCUACUUGCCGCUAUGGAAAGCCAUCUCGGGCUCCAAAAUUUCCAGUGAUAUAUGUAUACACACACACACCUUAAUUCUGUAUACAGGUAAAAUGGAGAUUUUCUUCCAACUUUUAUUUAUUUUUAUGUUUCAAUAAUACACUUGAAAAAAUACAAUGGAUAACCGAAGAGUGCUGUCCACUGGAUAUUUUCUCUUUGUCUUACUUCUGCCUGUUUAUGUGGGGCAGAGUUCAGAAAUCUAUGGUGCUAUAAGUAGUUGUACAAAACAAUUAAUUAGCUGUGAUUUUGUAAUAUUUAGCUACGUUCUUAUAAAUAAACACAUUCUCU